AUGGUCAACCUGAUGAAGCGGCUCCGCAAGCUGCAAACUCUCCUCGAUACCAGACUCGGCACCGGUGCCGCCGUCCUCCCUUCCAUCGCAUCCGCAUCAAAAGAAUUUCCAGCCGUCACCCGGCUCCACCUCACAUAUGCGCAAAGACUCGAAGGCGGCCACCAGGGCGCACGGCAUUUCUGGCGCAAGUGCCUCCCACGACUGAAGUACCACAACCCCGGUGUGCCGAUGACAGUACAACAGACGACCGAUCAACAAGGACCCGCCGCAUUGUCAAUCUACUUCGCCGAGAAGGCUAGCGAGGCAGCCAAAGUGGUCGCAAACCAAAAGAAGGUACAAGACUCGCAUGCACCAGCUGCCGACACCAACGAGGAAGCCAUUGUCCUGAACAUCAAGGAUUUUACAUACCAACAGAUCUGGGACCGCGUACAGGCUAUAACCAAUGCGCAGCAGGUCUCUGGCACCGCGGAGGACAAGGAGCAGCUGAAGCGGUGGAAGGACAUUCAGGACAAGUCUGGCGCGGAUCGGCAGCGUGUGAACGCUCUCCGGCAGGCGAAGAAGGACCAGGAGCGCAUGCUUGCCGUGGCUCGUGGCGAGGUGGACAAGACUAAGCAAGUGUAA